CUUAAGAUCCUUACUUUGGACCCUCAAAUCACUAACUAAGGUUUAGAGAACGUAUGAUAACAUGGUUCUUUGUGGCACUGUUGUGUAGAAGCAUUUCUGGGUUAUUUAAACGCGUCUUGUUGACGAUUAAACCCUCCUAAACUACAGGGGGCGAUAAUGAGUUAUAAUGCGCUCUCAGUAAACCCGCCUUUCCUCCAGAGGGCGAUAACGAGCUGAGGGCCUCAUCAUGUUUCACCACAGAAGCAGCACCAUAACAAACGAAGCGCCAAGACUGCAGCAGGGAAACGAUUUAAACAUCUCUGUGAAUGAAUUUCCAUCUCUAAUCAGAGUGGACGAAAUAAUAAAAAAAGAGAUUAAUCUGACAUUUCAGACGCCUUAAAAUGACGUAGGGUUGAAUGUACGAGUUUAAGAGCGUGUGCUAGCUUAAUAAAAGCUGAAAUGUGAGUAACGGUUAACGGCGGCUAGCUGGAUUCACUAGCAUGUCUACUCUGAUAGCAGCCUAGCAGGUUUAAAUCAUAUAAACAUUGUGUUUAAGUUAACACACAGACACAGCUGGAGACCUCAGGAUGGCACACUGGACCAGGUUUGAGAAGGAUCUGGAGCAGGAGGUGAGGAAACUCAUCAUGCACCUGAGCGGGAUCGAGGAUGAAGAGGACCAGAACUUCCAGAUGGCUCUCAAAUUCGCCUGGUCCAAUUUCAGGUUUCACCGCUUCCUGGAUGUGAGCAGUCACAAAGUGCAGCGCUCCAUAACAGGGCUUUACGAGAAGCUGAUGGUGCACUCUGACGUGUGUAAAGCGGAGAGCUGGAUGAGAUUAACCAGCCAGUUCCUGCACUCUCCCCUCCCUCACACCGACGGCUUCAUGACUGACGUCCAUCACGGUAUUCUGUCCCUGUUGCUCCUUUUAUCCGAUUCUCCGUCCAACGCCAGCUACAGCGAGCGACCCCGGCUGAAAGAAGCGGAGAAAGAGGACGAGUUCGACUGGCCCAAGUAUCUGACGGAGGGAGAAGACAUCGACACGGGCCCGUUUCCAGACACUCCGGAGUGGUCCGAAGACGAGAGUGAGGAGGAGGAGGAGGAGAGUCAGCAGCCCAUCAGCAGAGAGGAUUCUGGGAUACAGGUGGACAGAACGCCACAGGAAGAUCAGGAGCGGAACGAUAAGAUGGCGCAGGUCACCUGGACAGUGGGGGAACCGGAUGCCAGGGCUUGGCUGGAGCUGCGCGUGGUGACGCCGUACUGGGUUCCUCACUCGUCACGCUUUCCACACAGCCUCCAUCUGCACUCCAACCUUCUGAACGUCUGGGAUCAGCACCUGUACAACACAGACCCGCUCUAUCUGCCCGAGGAGAAGGCGUUCGUCACUGAGACCCAAGUGGUGCGAGAGACCCUGUGGCUUUUAUCAGGGGUGAAGAGGCUUUUCAUAUUUCAGCACCAGGAUGGUAAAGUCAGCGUGAGGAACGACGUAGUAGUCACACACUUAACCAACAACUGCUUGCGCUCGAUUCUGGAGCACGUCGCGGCGUACGGCCAGGCGGUGUUCCGUCUGCAGAGGUUCAUCGACGAGGUGACUGGCCACAGCACGGAGCCGUGUCCUCCCGGCCUCAACUCUUCCUCCUCUUCAUCCUGUUCAUCCUCCAAGAAGAGCUCCGAGCCUCCGUUCAGGACCUACCAGGCGUUCGUCUGGGCGCUGUACAAGUACUUCAGCAGCUUCAAGGAGGAGCUCUCUGCUAUUGAGAGAGAUAUCAUCAGCAAAGACGAGACCGUGACGUUGGCGGCCGUGCUGGAGCGCCUCAGCCCUCACCUGGCACAGAUCACCGUGCUACACAGGGUUUUCUGUACGGGCGUGGCCGAGGUCCCUUCCGGAACGCCCAACGUGGUACGAGCCUCGCACCUCCUCAACACCCUGUACAAAGCCAUCAUCGAGUACGACAGCGUCGGGGAAGCUUCAGUACAGGCAGUGGCGCUGCUCUUCUCUCUCUGGGUUGAAACGGUCAGGCCGUACCUCGAGAUCGUGGACGAGUGGAUCGUUCACGGGCAUUUGUUCGACCCGGCUAAAGAGUUCAUAAUCCAGAGGAACAAGGACGUAGCGGUGAACCACAGGGACUUCUGGUACGCCACCUACACCCUGUACAGCGUGUCCGAGGCGGUGGACAGCGAGGAGAGGCUGAGCGACACGGCCAGCGGCAGCUCGGGAGGAGAUCAGAGCUCCAGCAGCAGACAGCACACCAUGGUGUCCUUCCUCAAACCCGUCCUGAAGCAGAUCAUCAUGGCGGGGAAAUCCAUGCAGCUGCUCAAGAACCUGGAACGUAAAGAAGCCGAGCAGGCCGACGGUUCCUCCAGAGAUGCAGAGAGGAAGAGUCUGUACACGCUCUUCCUGGAGUCAGUACAGACACGUCUACGCCGUGGAGAGGAUUCCCCCACGGAUACGGUAACCGAGCAACAAGCCACCAAGAGGAGCCUUAUUAAGAUGCAGUCCAUCGUGGCGCGUCACCUGGAACUGGAUGACAUCCAUGACCCGCUGUUGGCCAUCAACUUUGCCAGGUUGUAUUUCGAGCAGAAAGACUUCCACGAGAAGUUCUCCGGCGCCGACGUGAUGGUGGACCGCUCGUCCGAGUCGGUGACGUGUCAGACGUUCGAGCUGACCCUGCGCUCCUGCCUGUAUCCACACAUCGAGCGGAGAUACGUCGAGUGCUGCGGGAAUCUCAUGAGAACCCUGAAAAAGGACUACAGACUCCUGGGAUACCUCCAGGCCAUGAGAAACUAUUUCCUGUUGGAGGCAGGGGACACCAUGUAUGACUUCUACACCGCGAUCUUCGACAAGGUCCUGGAGAAGGAGAGCUGGCAGCAGCUGGCGUUCCUCAACGUGCAGCUGCAGGAGGCUGUGGGACAGCGCCACCCGGAGGACAGCAGCAGAUUGUCGAUCUUUCUGGAGGCGAUCGAUCCCGCGAAGAAAAAACAGCCGAUCAAUAAUCUCGAUGGUCUGACGCUGAGUUAUAAGGUUCCGUGGCCUGUCGAUAUCGUCAUCAGUUCCGAGUGUCAGAAAAUCUACAAUCAGGUCUUCCUUCUGCUUCUACAAAUAAAAUGGGCCAAGUACAGUCUGGACACGCUGAGAUUCAGCGAUUUGACGGUGGCCGCGAAACGGCACGACGCGAGUCCGCCCGAAGAGCACGCCGCCGAGGAGCCGAUACACCAGCAGAUCCACAGGAUGUUUCUCCUGAGGGUCAAGCUAAUGCAUUUCGUCAACAGUCUCCACAACUACAUCAUGACCAGGAUCUUACACAGCACGGGCUUGGAAUUUCAACACCAGGUGCAGGAGGCAAAAGAUUUGGACCAGCUCAUAAAGAUCCAUUACAGAUAUCUGUCCACUAUCCAUGACCGCUGCCUUCUCAGAGAAAAGGUGAGUUUUGUCAAGGAGGCAAUCAUGAAGGUGCUUAAUCUGGUUCUCAUCUUCUCUGACCGAUGGCAGGCCGGCUUCGGAGCAUGGAAGAUUGAAUCCAUCGACAAAAUGGAGUCGGAUUUUAAGAACUGUCACAUGUUCUUGGUGACCAUUCUGAAUAAAGCCGUGUGCAGAGGAUCGUUUCCUCAUCUGGAGUCUCUCGCUCUGUCUCUGAUGGCAGGCUUUGAGCAGUGUUAGACCACGUCUCACCCCCAGGGCGGCGCUAUAGCACUGCCCGUGUGCUGUGUGUUCCUCUGUCAGUGUGUAGAAACGUCUGAGUCAAUAUCCCACAUGAGGAAGUGAGCAAUCACAUGACGGAGUUUCUUCAGCGGUGAAAUGUGUCUCAUCCCUGCACGGAGAAGUUUGUUCUCUUUGUCCAUCACAUUUUUUUCAAGCCGUGGAACGUGUUUGAAAUUUAAAACAGCAACAGAAAACAUUUUAAUACGCUGGCAGCAUGACGUAGAGUGGCGUCGAGGUGUUUUAUAACGAGUGUAUGUGUAUACAUAUGUACAUCAGUUAAUUCUUUAUUUCUGGCUUUAUUGAUGUUGAUGCACAAUAAAUGGGUUAUUAAUGUGAA